CUCAGCGCCGCCCCUCGCCGCUGCGGCUGUCGCUGCAGGUAGCCGGCACCCGGCGCAGUCAGCGAAAGAGGCUCGAGCCAGGCCCCGCCCCCGCCGUCACAGAGGUGCGUCCGGAUCUUGGUUAGGCGUUCACCUGUGGGCGGAUGGAUACGUGCGAUGGUUUGCACUCCACCUCUAAUUUAAACACACUGGGGGAUCUUUUUGAUCUCAGUUAAAUCGGUGAGGCUGCGAGCGGCGCGGGAAGGCCAUCAGGCAAUCUCAUGGUGCAGGAGCUCCUGGACUCUAUUGUUCCAAACCGGGGACUAUUUUCUUAUGCUGGGUUGGACGCGUUACUCGGCCGGGAAGGCUUGAAGGCGGAUGUAGCUGCAAGUAGUUCCGGUUGAGGAAGUCUCUCUGCAGCCGGCUGCCGGUGCCCGGUUGCGGGAAGGUUGGAGCGGAGCCGGUCUUCGCUCUGCGAGCGCGUCGGGAUUCGCCGCCGCCAUGUCGACCCGCUCGUGCCGGGAGAAGGCGCAGAAGCAGAACGAGCAGCACCAGGCCAUCCUGGCCAAGCUGCUGCGGGAGGAGGACAACAAGUACUGCGCCGACUGCGAGGCCAAGGGUCCAAGAUGGGCUUCUUGGAACACGGGUGUCUUUAUUUGCAUCAGAUGUGCUGGAAUACAUCGAAAUCUUGGGGUUCAUAUAUCAAGGGUAAAGUCUGUCAAUUUAGACCAAUGGACACCAGAACAAAUACAGUGCAUGCAGGAUAUGGGAAAUACGAAAGCAAGGAUACUCUAUGAAGCUAAUCUACCAGAGAACUUCCGAAGACCACAAACAGAUCAAGCUGUAGAAUUUUUCAUCAGGGAUAAAUAUGAAAAGAAGAAGUACUAUGACAGAAAUGCAAUCAGUGUCACCAGUAUGUCCUCCUCUGAUGCUGUUCUGCCUUUGGCACCUUCUCCUUCUCUGCAAGCUGCUGCCGAGAAGAGCAAAUUGGAGAAGGAAAAGGAGAAAAAAAAAGAUGAGAAGAAGAGAGAGAGGGAAUCAGAAAAACCAUUGAAACCCUUAACCAGUGAAAAGCCUCAGAAGAAAGAGGAUCAGCAAUUAGAGCCUAAAGCAAGUCCGAAAAAAACACCAGAACCUACUAUUGAUCUUUUAGGACUCGAUGGUCCUCCUGAAGCACCUGUUACAAAUGGAAGCACCACUACUGUAACAACACUGAACGAUGACUUGGAUAUCUUUGGCCCAAUGAUCUCUAAUCCUUUGCCAGCAGCUUCUGUAUCUCCUGCUCAGAGCACUUCCACUAAACCAACAGCUGCCACCUUAUCUGCUGCAUCUGGGGAUCUUGAUCUGUUCACUGAGCAAACAACAAAAUCAGAAGAGUCAGCAAAGAAACAACUCUCCAAAGACUCCAUCUUAUCACUGUAUGGCACUGGGACCAUGCAGCAGCAAAAUGCUCCAGGUAUGUUCAUGGGAUCUUCUUCCAUGCCAUUUACCACACAACCAUCAACUCAUUUUCAAGGUUUUCCACCUAUGGGAGUACCUGUGCCUGCAGCUGCUGGAAUGAUGGGAAAUAUGAUGGGACAAUCAGUGCCUGUCAUAGGACAGAACACAGGUAUGAUGGUGGGCAUGGGAAUGCCCAAUGGUUUCACUGGCACUACACAAACUGGUGUGAUGGGACUUCCUCAAAAUGUCGUUGGACCCCAAGGAGGAAUGGUGGGACAAAUGGUUACUGCACAAAAUAAAUAUGGCAUGCAACAAAAUCAACAAGCUCAAUGGAACAUCUCUCAGAUGAAUCAGCAAAUGGCUGGCAUGAAUCUCAAUAGUUCCAGCAAUGUGAUGGGCUUUGGCCAGCCCCCCAAUACAGUGGCAGGAUGGACAGGAAGCUCUUCGGGUCAGACUCUCAGCACACAACUGUGGAAAUGAAAAUUGCAACAGAAGUUUCAUGCAGAACAGUCACUUGACAUUCCUUGCUCAAAAGCAUUUAUUCUUUUUCUUUUCUCCCAGUUGUUCACAUUAAGAAGUUAUCUAACUGACCGUGUUGUGGUCUGUAUUGAUUUAAAUUUGAUGUGGUGGAAAGCAGAUUGAAAAUACAUUUAUAAUCAUUGGCAGCUCUUUCAUAUUCCAGUACAUAUGAUUUCAUAAACCAUAUCAAGAAGCUGCUUUACCAAUUGCAUACUCAAUUUUUUUUCUCAAAAUUAUAGAUCAAACGUUUGCAUAUAAGGGACGUAGCUAUCAUGUUAGUAAUAUCUCUAAAUAUAUAAACCUUGCCCCCCAAAUUACCCAGUAAUCCUUGUAGAAGGUACUGUAUGAACCAAAUGUUUAAUCAUAUAAAUAGAAUGUAAAUGUAUCACUGAACAAUGUUUUUAAUGUAUCAAACAUACUGUGUUUUAUCAUUCAUUUCACUGUGAUGUUACUAUGGUGUGCUUAACAGGGAACAUGGUUAGUGAAAGCAAGAUAAACCUGGAUAUUACUGUAGUUCCACACAUUUUUAGUUUAUUGUUUUAAAACAUGAAUAUUUGAUCCAUUUGAGUUUCCUGUGACAAAACAUGCAAUUUGGCUCCAUACGUGUAUACAUAGUGCUAAUAUAAAGAACUUAUUGCACAAUAUGCAUACAGGGUAACUCAUCACAUACGGAUACUUUUUGUCCUUGCAGAUAUAUCCAGGUUUGACGGUAAUUGUGUUUACAUUUUAUGGUGCCUCGUAUUGAUAAAAUGUUAUUUCCCUAUAUUAAAAAGAUAAAGCCAUAAACCAUUGUGUGGUUUUUAUUUCAUACUGUAUGAUUUACCUUGUCACUGUGACUUCAAGAAAGUUGUUUAAUACAAGAAAAACGCUUUUAACAAAUAUUUCUGGUGACCAGUAUUUUGCGAUCUAAAACCAGUUUAUAAUAAUUCCAUCAAUUAAGUUGGAUAAAUGUUUUUGAAAAUGUUUCAGCGUGGUAGCCGUGUAAGGUGCCACAAGGACUCCUCGUUUUUGAAAAUGUUGCACUUCAGUUGUUUCAGUCUUGAUUGGUAUUACUAUGUGGAAACUCUUAAAACAAAUGCUUAUAUUUCAGUUCAGUGAUACCGAGCUGAGAAAUGCAUGCAAAACAAGACAAAAGAUGUUAUGUCUCUUAAGAUAUCAGAUUUGCUUAUCUGACAAAUUUUUGUUUGAACAGAAGUCCAUCAGAUGACUAGUGCAGGAUGUUGCAGAGUGGUAGAUUGUACGCUGCUUGAAUUCUUAAUUGACUGAAGUCAGGCAUCUUCAGCCACAUCCAUUUCCUAUACAGUAUGUCCCACACAGUUAUAUCUCCAGAUCAUACCUCAAUUUUAACUGUGUCUAGGUGGUAUUUUGGCUCAUUACCUAGAUUUACCUUUUCUGUUCGAGUGUGCCAUACAAGAACCUAAAAAACAGAAGGUUAAUUAGUGCAGUAUUAGGUAAUCUACAAAGAUAGCUGUAAGUACUCUGCAAUGGUAGUGGAAUUAGUACCUUUGUGCAAUUGUUUGCUUUUGGUUCCAGCUCCUCCACGGUUGUUAUCUGGUUCAGAAAAUCAGAUUCUUGCAUUCCUGGUUGAGACCCACGGCGUUUGAAUACAGCUUUAGGGUUUGACAGAAUCACUUGAAGGCUCACAGCAAAUCCUUUAAGACAAUUUUUAAAAUAAAAAAUUAAACUUUUAACUGUUUACGUGGCUGUCAUUUAAAUCUGAAAAUCUUCCAACCCCUUAGUUAAGAACUUACAUAUUUGUUGUUUUAUAUUCCUAUGAAUUAUUUGGGUAGACUUUUACAUACCUUACAAUUGUUGACUAAAACCUACUGAUGAAAUUGAUUGCUUUUUGCUUUGAAAUUGUCUGUAUCGCUUAAUUUCUGCAUGUUUAUACCAACUGCCUAUGGUGCAACAAAAUCAGUUUUGUUUUUAUAUUUUCUUUUAGCUGAUUAACUGUGCUCUCUCAAAAAUCAAUACUUUCUCUUAUUUUUCAUUGUCUUGGCAAAUAUAAACCAAUAGCUAAUACAAAUGUUAUGAAUUCACACAUGCUAUAAACGCUUCCAUCUCAAACAUAAAGGUGAGUUUAAAACAGGAAGACUAAGCCACAGCAGCUCGGUGUCUUCUAUGACCUGACAGCUUUUUUAGUUACUGAAGAUUAGGAUCUCCAAUUGAACUCUGUGUUGGAAGGCAAGUAAAUUUAGAUUGAUUUUGGCAUUAUAAUUUAUAUCGUUUGUGUUAAGUUUCUUUUUUAUUAAAGAAAUAUCCACAGA